AAUUCAAAACAUUGGCUUCAUGUUUUCUAAUCGCAACAAUGCAUAGCCGAAUUCAGAUAUUCCUUAAAUUAUACUCAGGAGCGAUUUUCAAAAGUUGUCGACAAAGUCUUGGCCUCAGAGCACCUAAGGUCCUCGGAAGCUGCUACACGUCUACCAUUUUACCUUACAGUGAAGUGUCUGCUGGUAAAACCUUGCCUACAUUCCACAACACUAAAAUACAGAGGGAUAAAUAUUCUCACAGAUCUCAUAAUUGUGGGGAAUUGACUGUUAAAAAUGUCGGAGAAAGAGUGGAACUCUGCGGAUGGCUAGAGUUUCAAAGAAUGAAUAAAUUUAUAAUACUUAGAGAUGGGUACGGGUCAUCACAAUUAAUAAUACCAGAUGAGAGAACAGACCUUGUAAAAACUAUCGAAAGCAUAUCUUAUGAGACUGUCAUAAGGGCAACAGGUAUGGUUACUUCUCGUCCACAGAACCAGGUGAACCUCAAAAUGCAAACUGGUGAGAUUGAGAUCAUGGUCGACAGUCUUGAGGUUUUGAACCCGUCUGAUAAGCAACUUCCAUUUCUCAUCAGGGAGGUUAACAAGAGCAAGGAACGAAUAAGAAUGCAGUACAGAUACUUGGAUUUGAGGUUCCCAGAAAUGCAACGAAAUCUACGACUCAGAUCUAAAAUUAUCAUGAAAAUGAGAGAGUUUCUCAUCAACAAAUGCAAAUUUAUUGAUGUUGAAACACCAACGUUGUUUCGCAGGACUCCUGGGGGCGCCCAAGAAUUUGUUGUACCCACAAGAUUUCCCGGUAAAUUCUAUUCCUUAGUCCAAAGCCCUCAGCAAUUCAAACAACUGCUUAUGAUUGGUGGGUUAGAUCGAUAUUUUCAAAUUGCUCGAUGUUAUAGAGAUGAGGGUGCAAGACUUGACAGACAACCUGAAUUCACUCAGAUGGAUAUUGAGAUGUCUUUCGUUGAUCGGGAAAGUAUAAUGGGACUGGCCGAAGAUUUGCUGUCAGAAUCUUGGCUGAAAGAGUUUGGUGAGAUGAGUAUUCCAUUUGAAAGGAUGACGUUUUCGGAUGCCAUGGAGUUCUAUGGCUCUGACAAGCCUGAUUUGAGAUUGCCUUAUAAGUUGCAGAAUGUUACGGAUAUCGUGAAAACUUCCCACACACUGAGAGAAUCAACUGAACUUGAAUUUAAUAAUGAGUUUGGAGCAUAUGCUGUUGUGUUUCCAAAUGAAAGGAGAAACUUCACCACCUCUGUGAAAACUCAGUUUGAGGAUAUUUCCGAAAAGGAAUUUCCAGGGAUCAGAUUCAUUCAAGUAAAGGUUUCUAAAGAUUCUUGGAAAACCAAAUUGAAUUCUUUACUUUCAACCUAUGUGGUGGAUGACAUUGAGAGCAGAUUAGGUUUACAAGAAGGGGAUAUGAUGUUUCUAUCUAUCGGACAAAAACCAGCAGUGCAAGAACUUCUUGGCAAAGUUCUUAUUCUGUUCACCAAUAUAUUAGAAUCUAAAGGAAUAUACCUGAGAUCCUCAGGCUACAAAUGGCUGUGGGUAGUGGAUUUUCCACUAUUUUCAAUUAGAGAUGACGAAAAUAGCAUCAAACCGACGCAUCACCCCUUUACUCAGCCUCAUCCAGAUGACUUACACCUGCUAACCUCAGACCCCUUAAAGGUUCGUGGUCUGCAUUAUGACUUGGUAACAAAUGGUUGGGAGAUUGGUGGAGGAUCUAUUAGAAUUCAUAAUUCUAAUUUACAAAAACAAGUUCUGGAGUUCUUGGGUAUCAGCACUUCUGAGAUGUCACACUUAUUAGCGGCACUUGCCAGUGGAGCUCCACCUCACGGAGGGAUUGCAUUUGGUUUAGAUCGCUACAUUGCAAUGCUGUGUAACGCCCCAAGUAUUAGAGAUGUUAUAGCUUUUCCUAAAACUAUGGAAGGCAGGGAUUUGAUGUCUGGUGCUCCUUCUCCGAUUACCGAUGCAGAAAAAAUAUUGUACCAUGUAAAAACACUAGAUACUUAAAGUAAACUCACAAGCUUCAUUAUGUUGUCUCAUAAUUUUCUAAUCAGGGCUCUGCGAACUACAGAUGAUAUAAAGUGUAAAUAUUAGAUAAUCAUGAAUAAUAUUGAAUUAUAAAUUUA